UAAACAGAGAGCACGAACCAAUGAACUGUAAGAUUGCCAAGAGGUUUUACCGUAUACACACAGCCGCUAAGCACAUGAAUAGGCAGCGCGCCAUUUGGAAAUGCUCUAAUAUGGCUUAAUUUAAAUCAGCAUAGUUCAGUGUCCAGGAAAAUGCCGGCGGUUCACCAUUAACGGAAAAUGUGAAAGAUUGCAUAGAUUUAAUUUAGAUUCAUUUUUUUACAUGAGGAAUAUGUGAAUUAGUAAAGGUGAAAAUUAAUUUUUGUUCUCGUGGAAUAUGGGUGCAGGUGGAAGUGCUGAGGUAGGGAAAGAAUCCCAGGGAGGGGGAUCCGUUCAAAGAAACGAACACAGGGACACAAGACGUGAGGAAAUAAAGAGUCGAACUGUAAGGAGUGACUCCCCUGUAAAUAACAACACCCCUCGGAAUGCCAAAACAAAAUUCAUCAUAAAAAAGGACGAAAGUAGUGAUCUGACAAACGAGUCUAGCUGGAGGACGGACUCGUACGAGAACAAUAAUCAAGAGAAGCAAUAUAAUAACUAUAAUAGGAAAAAUAAUACUGUCUUGCCGCCGCGACUUCCCACUCCCCCCGAGGAAAACUACCCAGAAACAUACGCUCAGAGGGGGUUCCGGGAGCAGUACCGGCCAACCGACUACAUCCGGCAGAAGACGAUCUACAGAGACCCGGACGAGUGGGAGGUACCGGAAAAACGUGAAAGUGUAGGAAGUUUUGAUGUUACCAAGUUUAAAGCUGCCAAUGUCAAUUCACAGUCACAGAAAAGGGACAUUUUUACGAUGACACCAGAUUACACUAAAAAAUCCAGAUACACAGACUCUGCGGACGAUCUUUAUCAGACUCCAACGUAUCAGAAACAGCAAAGUGUCCCGAAGUACGACAUUUCGGAAGAGGAACUAAUGUCGGAUAUAGAAAAACAAUACUUCUGAGUUCACUUCUUAUUUCCAAAUUAUUAAGGUUUGCAAGGAAUAUGAUUACACUCAAAGAAGACUGGAUCCGCCACAGCUAUCAUCAUACAUAUCUAUUGUGUAAUAUGGUGUGUAAACGUGAGAUAUGUUGGUCUCCUGAGGGCCUCAAGACUCAACGUUGAGAAAGCAUUAGCUCACACUUAGAACCCACACUUGCAUUGCAGUUUUCUGUAAACUUUAUGCACAGACUCAAUGCGGUGAUAAAAGCAAUGAUUUUCCAUGAAUGUUGAUUGUUUGUUGAAUCUAUACACUUAUAUUUGUAAGUAUAGACAGCUUUGUAUCAUAGGCUAGGCGUCUCUACUAGAAAGAAAGCAAGCACAAAAAUGAGUGAGAGCUUUUAGUCGAAUUCUUAAACAUGUUAAAUUGCUUUUUUGUAUCUUUAGAUAAUUGGAUUAAACACAAAAUACUUUUACUCAUUCACCUGUCAGAAGUCGUAAAGCAAUAACUAUAAUUUACGAUAUUUCAUUUAUUGAAAAUACCUCAUUUCUGUGAGUUUUGUUUUAUUUUGUUGUUAUCGAUGACUGUAGAAAAGAUAUUCCCGUUUACAGUGAUGCCUUCAAUAAACUUACUCUUCGAUGUA